GGAAGAGCAAAGAGUGACCAUAGAAUGGAUCCGUAGUCGGGCCAUAUCGUUUAGAGGCGGGUUUCUGAGAGAUCGAUUUGACCGUAGUUUUCUCAGUACCGUCUGGAUAGAGAUAGAGCCGUAAUCGUAUGGUGUAAGAGAAGGAGGGCGACACUGGGCUUUCCUUUUCAGUAAAUCUUUACGAUUUUUAUUUUGACUUUUGAUCCGUUUUCAUCCGAAAAGUCGCCACUCGACGACUCUCUCUCUGACGAGGAACAGUCUUGGGGAAUAGGAUCCUCGGUAAUAGGCCGUCCUUCGUCCCGUUCAGGGGGAAAAACGACUACGACCUCAGGAUUGGACCACUAUUUCCAAAUCCCAUUUGUCAUCGGUUAAACUACGCAAAAGAUGAUUUUCAAUUGAAAUCAACCAGAUAAAACGAGCCAUCUCAAGCGUAGAGAUUGUGAAGAUGGUCUCUGAAUGAGGUGUCUAACAUCACAUAAUUUGCCAAAACAUUUUUUGGGUUCCAAUCUGGAGUUCACAAUCACAAUGUCAUCUCCAAGUGCAGGUAAAAGGCGGAUGGACACAGAUGUGAUCAAAUUAAUCGAAAGCAAGCAUGAAGUGACGAUCUUAGGUGGGCUGAAUGAGUUUUGUGUCAAGUUUUACGGGCCCAGGGGGACGCCAUAUGAGGGCGGCAUAUGGAAAGUCCGUGUCCACCUCCCUGAACAUUAUCCUUUUAAAUCCCCUUCAAUCGGUUUUAUGAAUAAAGUUUAUCACCCGAACAUAGAUGAGGUGUCAGGAACAGUAUGUCUAGACGUGAUUAACCAAGCAUGGACUGCACUCUACGAUCUUUCAAACAUAUUCGAGUCCUUCCUUCCACAGUUGCUUACCUAUCCAAAUCCCAUAGACCCUUUAAACGGUGACGCCGCUGCCAUGUACCUUCACAAACCUGAUGAGUAUAGGAAAAAAGUUCAAGAGUACGUUCGCAAAUAUGCCACAGAUGAAGCGAUACGAGAACAAGAUCUUCAAGGUGUUUCGUCCGACAGUGAAUCUUCAAUGUCGGAUUUUAGCGAAGAUGAAGCACAAGAUAUGGAACUAUAAACUGAACACCUCUCCAGGUUUUUGUAAACCGAACAUGUGCGUUUUGUCCAUAAUAUCCAUAAUUGUAAUUCUGUGGUAAAUUAAAAACAAAAUUUAUACAUCAAA